GCAACCUCCUUGCUUUUAACGUACCACCCAUCCGUUUCUUGCUUCUCUUGGUCUUCUUCCAUUUCCCCACCUCUCAAUCGUCAACUACAAAAAACCAAACAAAUAAAGACCCCCGAAUUCAACACUCUCCCUUCCCGUGAUCUGCUUUUUAUACACAUUCAUGGCGGUUCAAACCUGGUUUUACUCUCAAGAUCCUUUCAUGGCUUCCACCAAAGAUGGCGCCUUUUCAUCCCAAGGCCUUCUGCAACAAAUACCCGAAUCUCGCUCCUCCAACCCCUUCCCUCCUCCUUUCUCUUCUCAUCUCGAAAAACAGAGCCUGGAAAUGGAUCUUUUUCUUCAAUUCGAGAACCAGAAAUUGAGGGAGAUGGUAGUGGAAGAACAGAGGAGACAGCAAAGGGCUCUGCUUCGGUGCUAUGAAGCAAAAGCCGCGGCCUUGAUGAGACAGAAAGAUUUAGAAAUAGCAAUGGCGAAGAACAAAAACAGAGAGCUUCAGGAUUUGCUGAUAGGGGCGGAGGUGGAGGCUAAGGUGUGGGAGAGAAAGGCUGCAGAGAACGAAGCCAUUGCCACAGAGCUAAACAACCGGCUGAAACAAGUCAUCAUGGCGGAGAGAGAGUCAGAACAGUCCUUCUGCGGCGGCGGUGGCGGCGGCGUGUCGACGUCAGCGGUAUCAGAAGGGAUGGGGUGUAAGAUGUGUCAAUCGAGAAGGGUGAUGAGUGUGGUGUUUCUUCCAUGUAGACAUCUCUGUUGCUGCAAGUCAUGUGAUGUUUUUCUAGAGCUUUGUCCUGUCUGUGCUGCAUUGAAGGAAGAUAGCUUAGAGGUCUUCCUAGCCUAGCUAGUAGUUGUAGCAUAGUGGUGGAAGAAGAUAAAAGGGAGAGGGUAAUAAUGAUGGUGAUGGUGAAUAGUGAAUUGGGAAAGCAAAAAAUCUUUGGGAAGUUUGUCAAUUUGUUUUUGUGGCCAAUUGAUGUAGCAAUUUUUUUGUUCAUACAAAGGCUAUUUCGUUGGCAUUUUUUGCUUGUGAUCGAUGAUGAAAAAAGAAUGUUUUGUAUGAAGAUAAUAUCUUGUGUCAAAGUAAUAUUGUUGUUGUUA